AUGGAGCAAAAAGAUGCGUCCGCGCGGUUCUUCGUGGACGACACGCCGAUCCGGGUGUUCAAGAACAGCAAGGACCUCGGGGUGCGGUACCCGUUCGACCAGCCCAUGAAGCUCUACUCCAGCCUGUGGAACGCGGACGACUGGGCGACCCGGGGCGGGCGGGAGAAGACGGACUGGUCCAAGGCGCCCUUCGUCGCCUCCUACCGGGGCUUCCACGUCGACGGCUGCGAGGCGUCCGCGGAGGCCAAGUUCUGCGCCACCCAGGGCGCCCGCUGGUGGGACCAGCCCGAGUUCCAGGACCUGGACGCCGCGCAGUACCGCCGCCUCGCCUGGGUCAGGAAGGAGCACACCAUCUACAACUACUGCACCGACCACGACCGCUACGCCGCCAUGGCGCCAGAGUGCAAGCGCGACCGCGACGUCUGA